AUGUCGCGCCGGGUUUCAACGCUGGGGGCUGGCAACCCGAAGUCGGCUUGUGUGCCGAAGAACUUCGACUUGCUGCCUUUCCCCUCUCUCCGUGUCCGUCUGCAUCCAGUGCCGCUUAUGACCAUUUUGGAUGCGUACAUUCGCCGCGACGAAGGCCAGGAAAACGUCAUCGGCACUCUGCUGGGGUCUUGCUCCGAUGGAAACGUCAUCGACGUAACAGACUGCUUCGUGGAUCGGCACUCCUUGACGGGAGAGGGUUUGCUGCAAAUCAUCAAGGACCACCACGAGAGCAUGUUCGAGCUAAAGCAGCAGGCCAACGGAGGCAAUGGGGGAGUUCGGGAGGUGGUGGUGGGGUGGUUCUGCACAGGUAGUGAAAUGACAGAACUGACCUGCGCUGUGCACGGUUGGUUCAAGCAGUUUUCCUCUGUUUCCAAGUUCUUUCCUCAGCCUCCGCUGACAGAACCCAUCCACUUGAUGGUUGAUGCGAUCAUGGAGAGCGGGAGCUUCGCAGUGAAGGUGUACACACAAGUGCAGAUGAGUAUGGCUAGGGAGGCUUGCUUCCAAUUUCAUGAACUCCCCUUGGAACUGUACGCGUCUCCCUCCGACCGAAUUGGCUUGAGGUUGCUGCAAAAGGUCCGCAUGGCGCAUCGCAGCCAUCCGCCUAAGGCUGAAGAGUUGAUGGAACCAGCGCCAGAUGGCGUUUUGCUGGAUGAAAUGGGCGACGGCCUCAGUGCUGAACUUGAGCAGUUGCAAGAGAAGCUCGAGAUUUGUGCCUCAUACGUUCGAAGCAUAUUGAACGGGGAAACUGAACCAGAUCCCGAAGUUGGCCGUUUCCUCAGCGCAGCUCUGAGCGGAGCCACGGAGCCAGAACUGGAGAACUUUGAACAACUUUGUCAGAACACGUUACAGGAUAGUCUCAUGGCGGCGCACUUGGCUAGGCUGGCAAAGUUGCAGUUCGCUGUUGCGCAAAAGCUCAACAAUUCAUUCUUUUGA